AGCACUGACAAAGCCAGAUCUUCCUAAAGGAGCUGAAAGCCCUCUGCCUAUUGCAUGUAUAUAUUUAUAUAUAUAGAGAGAGGGAGAGACACAUAGAAAUAGCUGCAUCUAUAUAUACAGAUACACACGCAAGCAGACAAGAACGAGGGCUGGCCAACUUGAAUAAGCAGCAGCCUCAGCCUCAGCAGCAGCAGAAGAAGAAAGCAGCUAGAGGACCGCCUCAGGAGAAGUAUCUCAAAGAGGAUUCUCAUCUCAUUGUCAGCAUCUCUGUCCAAGACUCAACACAGGCUGUUCCAGCUCUCACUGCCUCCCUAGCUCUUUUGCUUUUCUAAUUCUUUUAUUCACUUCUGCUAUCUGCUUCUUUUACCUGUACACAGUAGCUAGGGAGCUUAGAUCUAUCACAUCCUCCGCCACCCUCUUUUGUCAUUCUGCCCCCUUUCCUCUGCCCAGUGCCCAGCCGGAAUCCACCUUGUAUUUUUUUUUUCUUCUGGAUUUGUGGCUUACAUCAAACUUUUAAUCGAAACCACAGCAACCUGCCAGCUGUGAGACAGAACGAUGCAGCUGCCCACUUUCUAACAGACACGGGCGCAAACUUACCGGGCACCUGGCUCAAUUCGAAACCAGGCGGCUUUCUGUAUAGAAGGACUUGCUCUUUAUAUGAAAGACAAUGUGUAGGAAAGCGCUGCUCGCCUGGCUUCUGCUCUAUGGCAUCAUGCGCUGCAGCGUCCACUCCUCACCUGCUGCGCUCAAGUACCCAGCACUUAGGCUAGAGGAUGAAGUAUAUGAUGAAGACGGCAACACUCUCCCAGACUUUGCAUUUGAGAACGACCCUCUGGGUAUGGGGAACCCCUCCUCGGUCCUAGACGAUAUGUAUUCAUUUUAUUACCCGCCGGAAAAGAGAACAGUGAGUAGCAGCUUGGAAGACGAGUCGGAACCCUUAUCUAAACGGCACUCAGAUGGAAUCUUCACCGACAGCUACAGUCGCUACAGAAAACAAAUGGCUGUCAAGAAAUACUUGGCAGCAGUGCUGGGGAAAAGGUACAAACAGAGAAUUAAAAACAAAGGACGGCGUGUAGCAUAUUUGUAGCGAUGAGCCUCCAGCAGCCACCUCGUGUGUACAGCCCCAUCCACCCAGUCAUCUCCCAACUGACUGAACAAUCAUCGCUCCUGUGUUAUCUACAAACAUGUAUUUAUGUAUGAAGUAAAGCCAUUAAAUGAAUAUUUUGAUAAUAAUAUCGUUUUUCUUUUGUACAAAAGCACUAGAGAAUGCACAGAUCUACUUUGUGGACCAAUCAAUAAGUGACAAUAUAUAUAAACAAAUUAUAAAUAUAUAUAUACAGAUUAUAAAGAAGAGCUCAUAGUUAGCGUGCACAAAAAAAAAGUUGCACGAUUUAUUUAUGUUUUAUAAGAAAAUGGAGGAAAAAAAAGACAAUCAUUGUUUAAGAGAUGUUACUCUUAUUUUUGUAACUGAGAUUAAAAGGCUAGUAUUUUUAUCCACGACAUGGUCGAAGACAGUACUAUUGACCAAUUGCAACUGGACAUAAGUAUUGAUGCCCUUCUACAGGGGAGCUUUGAUGCUAAUGUUUGGGGGGAAUGCUGAAGCAGAUUGUUCCCUUGGUGAGUCUUGGAACAGGAGCCCUAGAGAGACAGUUAUGUCUAUGGAGCCCUGACCCACCUUUCUAACUAAUUCUAACACCCCUGCCUCCUUUGAUUCUACUUUUUUUUUGUUCUUAGUUGGUUUUUUUCAGAUGGGACUCGGUCCGUUCAAAUUCUCCCGUGUUGACCAAGAAGUUCUACCAAAUUAUUCCUACUCUCUCCCGGUUCCAUUAAACCUAAGGGGGAGAAGGAAUACCAUACCACUCCAGCUUCUUAUUGAUUGGACCAGGCCAAAGUUUAUAGUAAACCCUGACUGUAUAAUAAUUGCCAGUUGUUUGCCAAAACUAAACCUGGAAGUGAUACAGUUCAGAUUGAAACAAAACCGCCCAAAAUGAAGUUAAUGGUUUUGGGUUUCUUAAUCCCUAUAGGAUUCAAUAGAAUUCCCGCUGGGGGAGUCCUUUACCUAACUGACAAUGGGCAGCUUGGUACUGUAUGCGAAGUACUAUGUGUUUCUCUCCGGUGCUGUCCAUGCUAUUAUCCAUGAAUACCAAAACUUCUCUCCUCCUGAGCUUGUUAUUGGCCACUCCCUUUUUUCGCUUCCAGUAGAACUCUACCCACACCACGUGUCCUGCACUAAAUACUGUUCCCCUUCUCUCUCUCUCUCUGUCUCUCCAUUGUAAACAAGUCUGACUUUGUUCUGUUCUGCUGCUCUUAUUUGUAACCUUAGGAAUCCCUGUUGUAGCUACGACUAAAUAAUUAUGCACUACUAUAACUUACAGUUUUGUUUCUUUGUUUUCUCGAGUCUUAAAGGUAAAAAGAAAUGUAUUUUUCUACAUGAUGGCUUAUUGCUUAGUAAAAAAAAAAAAAAAGAUUUCAUAAACACAACGUUUUGUCAUAAUAAAAUGUGUAAAAUCCACCUAAUUCCUUUUCCCCCACCCCCAGAAGAAACAUCAAUGUAGCCUUUGCAAGGAAAGUUAAAGAUAAGUUCUGUCGCAUUAUCCUUAUUUACAAAGAGAACAUUGCUAUAAAGCUAUAAAGCUCUUAGAGAUUUAUGAAGUUAGACUUAGUGAAUCAUUUCAAAUAUGAAUGAUUUGGAGCGAGAGCAGAGUGCGAAUCAGCAGUGUUUACAGAUCAGGACUGCGACAGGAAAGAUUUAGUAGACGUCGCACCUGGACAGUCUGAUCAGGAACUUCCAAUCUGUCAGCUUCUUGAUGCUGCUGAUUUACAGUUAGAAUUCAGCACCCGCAGAUUGGAGAGCCCUGAAGCUAUAGACAAGGCUUUGUAUCCCCCAGUGGAUUCCCACACACACACACAUAUCCUGCUGCAAACAGUUAAUUGCAGUGAAUCAAUCUUUCCUCUAAUUCUGCAUUCUCCACCUCAGGCAAAAACGUGACGCAGGAUGCAGAUUGCAGCUCCCGUGCCUUCCCCUCUCCUUUUAUAUCGCCACGAAUCGCAGAUGGCUUGUUAGUGGCCCUACGAUGCUGCAAAACAUCAGCUUGUAUUUAAGUCUCCUCUGUGUAAUUCGUUGAUAGUGGGUAGGUCUCCUUGUAUUUCUUUGUAUUAGCUGUAGUGUUCAAAUAGAGUUUUCGGUUUUCCUUCUCUUUCAAUUCAAUUCUAUUCUAUCUAGUGCAGUGAUUUCCCCCGUAUUUACCCAGCUAAUCCUUUGUACAUUAUUUCAGAAGCGCCAAGAGCCUUACUUUAAAAAAUAAUAAAAAAAAAAUUAAUAAAAAGCAGCAGAUUCGACCUACUGUGAUCUGCCUUUAGAUGUGAGUCGAUAUUUUGUGUGCAACCAAUUCUUAACCUAAUAUCAAGCGAGUAUUAUGAGAACACACGUCUCUCUGUCUCUCUAACUAGGAAACUGAUGUGUUAUUUCAAGUGUGCAAAGUUUGUAUGAAUAAAUUUUUGUAAACAACGCAA